AUGUUCAAGCGGAGGCUGAUAGCUGCUCUGGAGGACAAUAAGCCGCCGAGGAGGAUGCGGGAAGCUAUGGCGCAGGCGCAGGCACAGGCACAAAGAAUGGCGAGCCAAACAGGCAGCUCGUCGGUGUCUCCAACAACUAUUCCUGCUGCCCCCGCAGCUUCUGGAACUGCCAUUGCUACUCCUCCAGCUCCGUCCCCCCCUCCAGCCACACCGGCACCACCCAGCAACGUCGUCGAUCCGCCCAGUGAUACUCGUAGUAACGACCAACAGAGACGAGACAGUAUCCGAGAGGGCAAACGACCAGCGGAACCAGAGAACGAAAAGAAAGAACAAGCAGAGUGGAAGGGCAAACAGAAGAGAAGACACCAGCAGGAACGAGAAGAACGAGAGCGGGUUCUUGAGCGAAUAAGACGGGACAACGAAGAACGAAAGGCGAAAGCGGAGAGACAGAGGGCUGCUGCUGCUGAAAAGCAUGAGGCUACACGCACACCUCCCCCUACUGCACAAACGUACCGUCUUCAGGUCCGUCUGUUUGACGGAAGCUCGAUUAGAAACACCUUCUCUCCCAACCAGACCAUAGGCACCGCUGUCCGGUCAUGGCUGGAUAGGGAACGCUCUGAUGGCGAUGCACCGUAUACCCUGAAGCAUAUACUAACGCCACUUGAGAACAAGACCAUCUCGCUCUCGGAAGAGGACCAGUCUCUCCAGGAGCUGGGUGUUGGUCCUACGGCAACACUGGUCAUGGUGCCGAUAAGAACGUAUACAGAUGCAUAUUCAGACUCAGGUGCAUCACUGCCAUAUCGAGUUCUCUCUGGGGGAUACAGCCUUGUUGCUGGCACGGUCAACGCUGUAGCUGGCAUUGUAGGGUCUGCUUUGGGAAUUGGACAGAACCCAGCUGCCGUUGGGCGCGGUGCGUCAACACAGACUGAAGCCACCGAAGAGACCUCUACUACAUCUCCCAGAACAUCUACACGCAACCGGGUUCGAACUCUGCAUGAUGCCAACUCGGGCAAAAAUGACCACCAGUUUUAUAACGGCAAUCAGUUGAACUUUGAGCCUCGAAAAAAGGAUGACGAUAACUAA